UAUAUAUAUAUUUUAUUUCUAACAAUCAUGGCUAAUGCGGCUGCAGCUAUAAAGGACGUGGAGAAGCACUCGAAUAAACAAUAUUUGCCACCAUUUAUCGCUGCCCCCUCGGAACAGACAGAGGCAGAGACGACAGCGGCCAGCAAGGAGCCGCAGGUGAAGGAGCAGCUGGUGCCAAUGGCCGUUAUCAAAAGUGAUCCCGAGCCGAAUUCGGUUGGCAUGGAGCUGGAUAAUCCUUUCUGGAUAUCCGUCAGUGGCUAUCAGCCGGAUUGCGCCUAUUCGGUGUAUCGUUUCUUUCUCGAUAUCGGACACAUUGUGGACAAGAGUUUCACAGAAACAAAUUUAAUGUAUCUGAAGUAUUUCUGUAUGAUGGAUUGCGAAAUUGCGCUCAGCUACGAUGGCCAAAGGAUCGGCUAUGGUGGCGAUAUACUCGUGCACGUCAAGCCGGAGAAUCCUGUGCUGCAGACCCGAAUCGAACCAACAAAACAGAAGAUUAAGCAGCCAGCCGUAGGCACCGCUGCUAACAAUGAGCCCGAUAUAGGCCUAUCGCCGUUGUGUCUUGUCGAUACUGACACAGAGAAACUGAAGAAGCUAAAACAGCUAGAGAAGCUAGAGAAGCCAGAGAAACAGCCCAAGGUUGUGGAAGAAGCUGCCGCCAAGCAGCCAAAAGAGAAUCCAGAGAAACUGUCACAGAUUGUCGAAGAGGCUGCCAAGCUGGUAAAAGAGAAGCCAGAAAAAUUGCCAAAGGUUGUGGAAAAGCCUGCCUCUCCCAAGCUGGCAAAAGAGCAGAAGCGACAAGUGGCUCGCAGGAAGUUGACUUUUGGGCAAUGGCUAAAGCAUAAGAUAUCCUAUAUAUUUUAUUUUUACUGAGUAACAGUUUUGUUUCGUUAGUGUAGUUGAAAUUGCCAACUGAUGAACAGCAUUAAAAAUCCAUUUC